AUGAUUAGAACUAUUAAACCAAAAAAUGCCAGAGCUAAGAGGGCUUUGGAGAAAAGGGAAGCUAAACUCGUCGAAGAUGUCAAGCAAGCACUUUUCGUCCCAGGUCAAACAUCAAAUAAAUUGUUACACGAUAUAAUGGUCGAUUUGAGUGCUAUCAAGAAGCCUGAUAUAAAACGUUUCAAUAAGAAGAAUGAAAUUAGACCUUUCGAAGAUGCUGCUAGUUUGGAAUUUUUAAGUGAAAAAAAUGAUACUUCAUUAAUCGUAUUAUCAACAAAUUCCAAAAAACGUAAAAACAAUCUAACUUUUGUAAGAACUUUUGGUUAUAAAAUUUAUGAUAUGAUCGAAUUACACGUUGUUGAAAACUUUAAAUUAUUGUCUGACUUUAGAAAACAAACUUUCAACCUUGGUUUAAAACCAAUGUUUUCAUUCCAAAGUGCAGCUUUCGAUACACAUCCUGUCUAUAAGCACAUCAAAUCUUUAUUUCUAGAUUUCUUCAGAGGUGAAACCACAGAUUUACAAGACGUUGCAGGUUUACAACACGUCAUUUCUCUUACUGUUCAAGGAGAUUUCCAAGAUGGUGAGCCUUUACCAAACGUACUAUUCAGAGUCUAUAAAUUAAGAACCUAUAGAAGUGAACAAGGUGGUCGCAAGUUGCCAAGAGUCGAAUUAGAAGAGGUCGGUCCAAGAUUAGAUUUCAAAAUCGGCAGAAUCCAUACGCCAUCAGCAGAAAUGGCAAAGGAAGCAUUGAAGAAACCAAGACAAUUAGAAGCCAAGACUGUUAAAAACGUGGAAACUGAUUUGAUGGGUGACAAAUUGGGUAGAAUCCAUAUGGGUAAACAAGAUUUGAACAAAUUACAAACAAGAAAGAUGAAAGGUCUUAAAUCAAGAUUUGAUCAAGAUGGUAGCGAAGAUGAAGACGAGGGUGACUAUCUAAACGAUAGUGAAAAUGAAUUAAAUGAUGAAUUAAAAAAUCCAAAUGAUGACACCUACGGCGAAGAUUUUGUCACCGCAACCGACAUCGAAGUUCAAGAACCUUCUUCAAAGAAGCAAAAGAGAGAUUAA